GUUAAACUUGUGAGAAGAGAAAGUGAGUAACCGGAUCAGUUGUCUUAGUUAAUAACAUGUUGAUACCUUUUUAAAGCCCUGAUUCUGUGUAUGGAUCAACUUCAGCACGGUACGAAGGUCGACUCGAAGCCUUAAAUACUCGCAGUGGAACCCGGGGGCAGUUGAGGUAGCAGCAGUAUUAUAGUAUUAUCGGGUCACAUAGUAAACAGAUGCGCUAUGAGGUGAGUACAGAGCAUUGAUUGUAGGCUAUAUAUUAUUAUGGAGGCUUGGACAGCUUGAAAGAGACAGUGGAGGACCAGGAUUUCUGCUAUGGGGACCCAAAGGAACGGAUUUAAAAGGGAAAGUUUUAUUUUGUCUGUGGACGUGGGGACAACUUCCAUCCGAUGUCAUGUUUACGACAAGGAGGCGAAAAUCAGAGGCUCCUGCUCCACUAAGGUGGUUCUCCUGUAUCCAGAGGACGGGCACGUGGAGAUAGAGCCUGAAGCACUGUGGAAAGGAUUUAUCACUGUUGUAACAGGAGCUGUUCAAGAUGCAGGAAUUCAAAUGCGACAGAUCGAAGCCCUUGGCAUCUCCACUCAAAGGGCCACGUUUACCACAUGGGACAGGAGGACUGGAGUUCCCUUCCAUAAUUUCAUCACGUGGCAGGACCGCAGAGCUGCAGAGCUGGUCAAGUCCUGGAACAGGUCCUGCACCAUGAAAGCCAUCCAUGGCGUGAUGAAGGCCCUGUACUUCCUGACCCGACAGAAGAGGUGCCUGGCUGCCAGUCUGAUAGUCUUCUCCACUCAGCAAGUAACUAUGAGGCUCCUCUGGGUCCUCCAACAUUACAAGCAGAUCCGACAGGCCGCCUCUGAAGGGAUUUGUUGCUUUGGGACAAUAGACACCUGGCUGCUGUUCAAACUCACCAAAGGCCGUGUUCAUGCCACAGACUACUCCAACGCCAGCUCCACGGGGAUCUUUGAUUCCUAUCAGAUGUGCUGGAGUGAGUUUCUGUGCUCGCUGAUGUCAAUCCCUUUGUCCAUUUUACCCACUGUUGAAACACAAAGUGACCAUGACUUUGGUGGCACCGAUAUGUCCAUCUUCGGAGAGUCCAUCCCCAUCAGAUCAUUGGUGAGGUCGCUUCAGGCGGCCAUGUUUGGAGAGUGCUGUUUCAACGUGGGGGACGUGAAAUCACUAGUGGGAACGGGGACCUUUAUGGACAUAAACACAGGCUGUAAACCACACACUUCUGUCGCAGGCCUGUACCCUCUGGUGGGGUGGAAGAUCGGAGCUGAGGUGGUGUAUCUCGCUGAAGGAAACGCAGCAGACACAGGCACUGCCAUCAAAUGGGCCCAAGAGCUGGACUUGUUCGAGAAUGUGAAGGAGACCAGUGCUUUGGCGUACAGUGUGUCCGGUUCAGGUGGAGUGUGCUUUGUGCCUUCGUUCAGUGGACUGCAGGCUCCCCUGAAUGACCCCAAAGCCUGCGCCUCCUUCAUGGGACUCAAACCCUCCACCACCAAAUGCCAUCUGGUCCGCGCCAUUUUAGAGUCCAUCGUUUUCAGAAACAAACAGUUGUAUGAGACGAUGCUGAGAGAAACACGGAUUCCCGUCACAAAAAUCAGAAUGGACGGUGGAGUUUCCUCAAACGACUUCGUGAUGCAGCUGACAGCGGACCUGUUUGGACAUAAAGUGGCCCGUCCACAGCACUGUGAGAUGUCGUGUCUCGCGGCGUACGUGGCCGGGCUCGCAGUUGGUUUUUGGAAAAGUAAGGAGGAGCUGAAGAAGUUACAGACCACAGAUAAGGUGUUUUUGCCCCGUGGAACUUCUAAAGACCAGGAAUACUGCAGCCUGCUCCACAGCUGGGAGAGAGCACUGCGGAGAUCCAUGGACUGGUACAAGACCUGACCAAGGCAAAGGACCACAUAGGACCAAUCCAAACCAGUAAUGUGAAACAAGAUGCACUUGUAAUCGACUGAUCACU